AUGACCAGCUGGUCAAUCAAGGAGGAAGAUACGUUAAAAAGUCUCAUAGUAUAUGGAAUAACCAAGAUCAAUAUGGGGAUGAAGCUGGCUCUUGAAAAAACUGAGGUGAUAAUACUUUCUGGUGAUAAGAUGACUUCUGCUUGCGCGAAGCGUUGCAGAUCUGUCUUAGCGGUCGCGGCCAUUUUUGCUCUGGGAGUACUGAUAGCAAUUGUUUGGGUGCAAUUCGGACAGAGCGUCAGCAAACAUCGCUUACAUUCGAUCAAUGUAACCAGCUUGCAAAGCGCUCAGAGAAAAAGUGAUGGAACUAUGGUUGACCGGAAAGGAAAAGAUGGUAAAGAUGAAUGUGUUAAUGAGCAAGGACAUCGACUUAUGGCCUACAACUUCGAAUCGGACAGAAAUAUGUUCGGAUUUUAUUAUUAG